AUGAAUGGAUCAGCACAUCCGGAUACGCAGUGGGAUGAUGAUGACGAUGAUGAUGAUGACUAUGAUGAUGAUGAUGAAGAUGAUGAUGAUGAUUCGGAUGACGAUGAUGAUGAUGAUCCGGAUGACGAUGAUGAUGAUGAUGAUGAUGACGAUGAUGAUGAUGAUGAUGAUGAUGAUGAUGACGAUGAUGAGGAUGAAGAGGAUGAUGAAGAUGAUGAUAAUGAUGAUGAUGAUGAUGAUGAUGAUGAUGAUGAUGAUGAU